GGUAAGAGGACUGCUCGGAUUCAGUCUUGCUAGCAUCUCCAGUGUCUGGUAUGGCAUGACUAUUUGGAGCUAUACGAGUGCCUGCUUUACAGAUCCAGGCUCUCCAGCCGGCACGCUCGCCACUGAGUCUGCCAACUACAACGCAUUGCCUCAGGACAGGCUUGAGGAUGGACCAGAUUUUGCCACAGUCACAGUCAAAGAUGACGGCAGCGAGCGAUUCUGCCAAAAGUGCUGUUCGAGAAAGCCUGACCGGGCACAUCACUGCAGGUCAUGUCGGAAGUGUGUCUUGAAGAUGGAUCAUCAUUGUCCCUGGCUCGCGACUUGUGUCGGCUUCCACAACUACAAGCAAUUCAUCCUCUUCCUCAUCUACGUCUCCACCUGGUGCAUAUUCCUAUGUGGCAUGACAGCAUGGUUUCUCUGCGAAUUCUUCUCGCUGAAUGACCCAUCCUCAGUCGAAGACCAGUUUUGGCCCAUGUACGCCUCUCCAAUCAAGUAUCCUUGCUCAUCAACCAGAAAUUGGAUCGUCCUACUUGUUCUCUCUGGCGUCGUUGGACUCACAGUUGGUCUCUUUUGCGCAUGGCACAUCUCCCUUGUCCUGCGUAACUAUACUACAAUUGAAUACCUAGAGGAGACGCGCUUCAAGGGAGAUACCCGGGCUUACCUCACCGCAGCCACACCGGCGGGUGUCUUCAACAUCUUUGACUUGGGCUAUCGCCUUAAUUGGGAACAAGUUAUGGGACAUGAGCCUCUCUUGUGGUUUGUACCAACACAGCCCAGGUUAGUGCUGCGAAUCACAGAGAGGAGUGAAUGUGCUGACAAAAAUAGGAUCAGGGGUGACGGCUACAGCUUUGCAAUAUCGACCAGAGCGACAGAUCGCCUGAGAGAAAGAGAAGCUCUGCAUUCCUUCGAGCCGAUCCGACGACUUGAGCCGCGCAAUGAACUAGAGAUGUCUGACUAUAGAGAGUCGCUGGAGGUGUAGUCAGCUGUUCUAAUACUAAUUCUCAUGACUUGACGCGACGCGACCCAAUUUAGCGCAACGACCACACAGAUAGCUCAGCCUUCUUUCUUCUCCCUUGGCAGACAGGGUACUG